ACUUUUAGCAACCAAAGUGCAAUUAACUAUUGUUCCGAUUAAAAUUAACUUACAUUCGUCAGUCUGCGCUUUUUUCUUUACUUGCUCCGGUGAUCCACUCCCCUUUACUUUCUCUUUACUUGCAGUUGAUGAACAAGAAUAUACAUACUUGUACACUGACAUACAAUCACAACCCGAAAUAAACCAAACCCAGAUCACACUUUUCAAAAGCCCGUAAACCCUAAUCCCCAAAUCACCUCAAAAACCCUGAACAAUCCCAUGUUAAUUCCCAGAAAUUAAGUAUUUUUAGCUCAAUUCAACAGAGACCCAGAUGGAUUUCAUCGAAUUAGAAGCCAUGGAAGGCCUAAGAUGGGCUUGGAAUUCAUGGCCAGUGUCAAAAUCUGAAUCUAAUGCUCUAGUUGUUCCAUUGUCAAUCAUGUGUACUCCAUUGAUGCAAUUCAAUGAGCUCCCUUUGCUUCCUUAUGACCCUCUUGUUUGUAAUCAAUGUGGUGCCAUUUUGAACCCUUAUGCGCGUGUUGAUUAUCAAAGUAGGAUUUGGGUGUGCCCAUUUUGUUAUAAAAAGAAUGUCUUUCCUAGGUCUUAUGUUGGUAUAGGGGAGGAUAAUAUCCCAGCUGAGCUUUUUCCGACGUAUAGUACUGUUGAAUAUCAGUUGGGUAGUAAGGGAAAUUUGAAUUUGAGUCAUAAUUGGGGUAGUGGGAGUGAUGUGGGGUUGAAUCAGUCGAAUUCUUUGGGUUCGAUGAAUGGUUCGUAUUCGUCUGGUUCGUUGUCGGGCAUGGAUGGGAGAGGGGGUGGUGGUGGGGUUGGGACUGGGCCAGCAUUUGUGUUUGUUUUGGAUGGAUGUUCGGGUGAAGAGGAGCUUAGGGCGCUUAGGAAUGAGAUAUUGCUUGUGAUUUCUCAGUUGCCGGAUAAUGUGUUGGUGGGGUUGAUUGUGUUUGAUUCUUUUGUUCGAGUUUAUGAUCUUGGGUUCACAGAGUGUUUAAGAGUUGUUUUGUUUAAUGGAGAGCGCCAGGUCUCUUCUGAUGAGACUAAACAAUUGCUUGGGAUCCAGAACAUUAAGCAACAACUUGGAAGGCCACAUGCUACUGAAAGACAGGGGUUUCUGUUACCAUUAUCUGAAUGUGAGUUCAGUCUCACUGCAGCCAUUGAUGAUAUCCGUUCUUUAACACAUACCAUGCGAGCUUAUCGUCCUCAGCGCUGCACAGGCGCUGCAAUAUCAGUUGCAGUCGGACUUCUAGAAGGAUGCUUAGUCACCACAGGUUCUCGUAUUAUGGUUUUCACAUCUGGUCCUGCAACUAUAGGCCCAGGAAUGAUUGUUAACUCGGAUUUUGUAAAUGCCAUUAGAAAUCACCGAGAUGUGGAUAGCGGUCAUGCGACCUUGUAUAGAAAGUCGUGUGAUUUCUACAAACAGAUAUCAGCAAGGUUGUUAGCUUCAUCUAUUGUUCUUGAUCUGUUUGCUUGUUCUCUUGAUCAAGUAGGAGCAGCAGAGCUAAGAGUUCCUGUUGAGAGAUCAGGUGGAUUUAUGAUGUUAGGUGAGUCAUUUGAGUCUGAUCAAUUUAGAAAAUGCCUCCGUCACAUUUUUAGACAUGACGAUGAUGGGAGCUUAAAAAUGUGUUUUGAUGCAACUAUUGAUAUAGUAACCACAAAAGAUUUGAAAAUUUGUGGAGCCCUCGGUCCUUGUGUUUCUCUGCAGAAGAAGAAUGGAUCAGUAAGUGAUAAAGAAAUUGGUGAGGGUGGUACUCACAUGUGGAAAUUAGGUACACUUGAUAAUAGAACAUGUAUAGCAUUCUUCUUCCAAGUGGGUAGUGAACAGAUGCCCCAACCAAGUUCUGCAUUCUUUAUACAGUUUAUUACAUGUUACCGACAUGGAAACAUGGGAAUUCGGAAGCGGGUGACAACUGUAGCAAGAAGGUGGGUUGGGAGCCAAUCAGCAGACAUUGAUGCUGGGUUCGAUCAAGAAGCAGCAGCUUCAGUAAUGGCUAGACUUGCUGUCCAGGAGGCUGAGAAAAGGUACUAUCCAGAUGUUAUUAGGUGGUUGGAUACGAUGUUAAUUCGUUUUGCCUCCAAGUUUGGUGAUUAUGUGGCUGAAGAUCCAUCUUCGUUUCGUCUUGCAUCCAACUUUUCUCUCUUCCCACAGUUCAUGUAUUACCUAAGAAGGUCCCAAUUUAUCGAUGUCUUUAACUGUAGCCCUGAUGAGACUGCUUUUUUCCGGUUAAUGUUAAACCGUGAGGGGGUGGUUGGUUCUGUUAUAAUGAUCCAACCUACACUUUUUCAGUACUCAUUUGAUGGGCCUCCUGUUCCUGUGCUCCUAGAUGUUUGUUCCAUCUCUCCUGAUGUUAUAUUGCUCUUUGAUUCCUAUUUCUGUGUUGUCAUUCAUUAUGGGUCUAAGAUUGCACAAUGGAAGAAACUUGGUUAUGACAAGGACCCAAACCAUGAAAGUUUCAGAAAGCUGCUAGAAGCCCCAGAAAUUGAUGCAGAGCAACUAGUAGCUGACAGGUUCCCAGUUCCAAAACUUGUAAAAUGUGACCAGCACAGUAGUCAGGCAAGAUUUCUUCUUGCUAAAUUAAAUCCUUCUGUUACACAGAACUCGACCUACUCUGAUGGGCGGGAGUUAAUAUUGACUGAUGAUGUUAGCUUACAGGAUUUUAUAGAACACUUGCAAACUCUUGCUGUGCAGGGCUGAUAAUGUUCAGCUUUUGCAAGUCUUGUUAGUACAAGUUUUUGCAAUAGUAGGCUGGGUUGGAUUACUUCUUCUGUAUAGUAUUAGCUGCUUGCAUGAUUCAUGCAGUCAUACUGGAGAGAACAGAUUGUACGUUGUAAAAUAUGCUCACUUUGAUGAAAAA